GGUUUCCCUCUUAUCUUGUGUAGUACAAAAUAGGCGGCAAUAGUAGUACCCGUGGUGAAAAUCUUCCGUCAAUGCGUCAGUCUCGUACGAACCACCUUUAGUAGAAGGUACUCGCACAUGUAAGUACUCCAUCGAGUACUAGAAAUCGGUAACUGAUAUAUUUGCUUACGAUCUAUUUGGUGUAUCGAUAACUUGCUAAUGUGAAACUGGAUUACAUUUUUUUUUUCUGUUUGAACUGAUUGGAAUGAAAAAGCAUUAAAUAUGAACGAAUCAACCAGUACUAACCCCACCAUAACAGAAAUCAUUCAAGAUGAAACCAACCAGGUGACCACAGUCGUGAUCUUUGUGAUAUUAUCAGUUUUAGUCAUAGUUCUAAUAUUUCUAAUGGCAAUUUUCAUCGAUUGUCGACAACAGAAAAUUCAAGAUGAAAAGUUGAAACAGAUGAGGAAAAGAGUGAAAAGAAAAGUAAAGAGGGUUAUACCAAGUCUACCAACCAUAGGAGAAUCAUCACAACGUGAAGAUGAGCAACAUAUUGUUGAAAAUAUGCAUACAGAACCAAUACCUUCCUCAUCUACCGCGUACAUACCUUAGAACAUCUCAGUAUCAUAUUAUUUAAUUCUUCGAAAAAUAAGUUAACAUAGAGAUACCAUUACCACAUCACUAUACCAACAAAGAAUUUAUAUAUAUGAAAAUAAUUAUGGCUACAUUGAAAUAAUUAAAAAAGCCUGACGGUUGAGUACUUAUAUAGACAAACCAUUUUCCAAAAGGACUCCUCUAAGUGAACUGAUUUCUCUGAGAUUUAAUUGUAUUAAGUGUCUAGGAAACACUACCCAAUAUGAUCUACUUAAUUUUCAAGUGAAAAUAAGGAACAAAGUUUAUUGAUCUAUGUUUUUAUUGUUAACUGUAAAUAUAUGUUUUAUAUUUUUUA